AUGGAGCCGGGACGGGCCGCCUGCCUCCUGCUCCUCCUGCUGCUGCCGGCGCUGGGAGCGGCCGCGCCGGGGGAAUUCGACCCGUACCGCGUGCUGGGGGUCGGCCGGAGCUCCAGCCAGGCCGACAUCAAGAAGGCCUACAAGCGGCUCGCCCGGGAAUGGCACCCUGACAAAAACAAGGACCCGGGAGCAGAGGACAAAUUCAUCCAGAUUAGCAAGGCCUACGAGAUCCUCUCCAACGAGGAAAAGAGGGCAAACUUCGAUCGCUACGGAGAUGCUGGGGAAAGCCAGGGCUUCUCUCAGCAGCAGCAUCGCCAGUUCCACCGCUUCCACGAUGGCUUCUAUUUUGAUGAAUCCUUCUUCCAUUUCCCUUUCAAUUCUGAGAGGCGUGACACCUCCGACGAGAAGUAUUUGCUCCACUUUUCCCACUAUAUCAAUGAAAUCGUGCCGGAUAGUUUCAAGAAACCUUACCUCAUUAAAAUUACCUCAGACUGGUGCUUCAGCUGCAUCCACAUCGAGCCCGUGUGGAAGGAGGUUGCUCAGGAAUUGGAGGCUUUGGGAGCAGGAAUCGGCGUCGUUCACGCGGGGUACGAACGGCGCCUCGCCCAUCAUCUGGGUGCCCACAGCACUCCCACCCUGCUGGGGCUCAUCAAUGGUAAAAUAACCUUCUUCCACAACGCUGUCAUUCGCGAGAACCUGCGGCAAUUCGUGGAGAACCUUCUGCCAGGGAAUCUUGUUGAAAAGAUUACAGAUAAAAACUACAUCAGUUUUCUGUCUGACUGGAGGAAAGACAACAAGCCCCACGUGCUGCUGUUCGAUCACAUGCCAGUUGUGCCAUUGUUAUACAAGCUGACGGCCUUUGCCUACCGAGAUUACCUGUCCUUUGGGUACGUGUACGUCGGACUCCGAGGCACUGAGGAGUUGUCCAGCCAGUACAACAUCAACGUCUACACUCCCACCAUGAUGAUCUUCAAGGAGCACAUCGACCGGCCCGCUGAUGUUGUGCAGGCACGAGAAAUGAAGAAGCAGCUCAUUGAUGACUUCCUUUCCCAGAAUAAGUUCCUCAUGGUGGCGAGACUCACCAGCCAAAGGCUGUUCCAGGAGCUGUGUCCUGUGAAGAAGUCUCACCGUCAGCGGAAGCACUGCGUGGUCUUGUUUACUGGGGAAGGAGAGAAGUUUGCCGAGGCUUAUGAGGCCUUUUUGACUUUUGCUGUGGCCAACACAAAAGACACGCUGAAGUUUGUGCACGUCUACAGCGAUCGGCAGCCGGAAUUUGCAGACGCCUUGCUGAUGGAUGAGGAGAAGUAUCAUGGAAGAUCAGCUGUGGUCAUUCUGGAGAGACGCAAUAAUGCAGGGAAGAUUGCCUAUAAAGCCUUGGAGGAGGCCUGGCAAGGCAGCAAAGAGGACAAUUUCAUCCUCCUGGAUCUCCUGGACCAGCUGAGGACAGACCCUGGCCUUCUCUCAUCAGAGACUGUCGUGGCAGACCUGAAUGAUGAGCUCGCUCCUAUGUUCCUUGUCCGAUGGUUCUACUCCACGCUGGACUACAUCUCAGACUGCUGGGACAGUUUGUUUCACAGCAACUGGCGAGAAAUGAUGCCACUCCUGUCCCUGCUCUUCUCCGCACUCUUCAUUCUCUUUGGCACCGUUAUUGUUCAGGCUUUCAGUGAUUCAAGUGACACAAGGGAUGCUCCACCCUCGGGGAAAGAAGAAACAGCUGCAAAGACAGAGAAGAACGACGCGAGCUUCAGCAAAGAGAGUAACAGCAGGAUUCCCAAAAAGGGCUUUGUUGAGGUGACUGAGCUAACAGACAUCAACUACACCAGUAACUUGGUGCGCCUGAGGCCAGGGCACAUGAACGUCGUCUUGAUCCUGUCCAACUCCACCAAAACCCCCCUUCUCCAGAAGUUCGCCCUGGAAGUCUACACAUUCACAGGGAGCAGCUCUCUUCACUUCUCCUUCCUCAGCCUGGACAAGCACCGAGAGUGGCUGGAGUAUCUGCUGGAGUUUGCACAGGAUGCAGCCCCCAUCCCAAACCAGUACGACAAGCAUUUCCUCGAGCGUGACUACACGGGCUAUGUCCUGGCUCUGAAUGGCCACAAGAAAUAUUUCUGCCUCUUUAAGCCUCACAGAUCAGGGGAUGAGGGGGGAACCCUGGGAUCGUGCAAGGAUUACGAUGCUUCCCAACAUGUGGAAGCCAGAGGGAAAUCCUCCUGCAGCCCAGGAUCUAGAUCCAUUAAACACAAAUUACACAAAUUGUCCUUUUGGAUGGAACGCCUUCUAGAGGGUUCCUUACAGAGGUUCUAUAUCCCCUCGUGGCCCGCACUAGACUGAGGGAUUUUACAGAGAUUCUAAGGGGACAAACUUUUUAUGAAGAUAACAAGGGACAGCUCUUUCCAGGAAUACUCAAAACAAGCGUGAUAAAUGGACCUUAGGUUUUAGGUGAACUCUCCUGGGGUCGGCAACCAGAACACCCCUCCCGCGUCCGGAGCCCAGGAGCGCAGCCAAGUGCUCCCACGUGUCCUCCACCGCCCCGCCGUGUGCUCGGACAUCACACAACCAAGAGCCAAGAAGUCUGUUCUGCCCCUCUUGUCCUGCCACUUCUGCUUCCCGAGCCGCCCCCAUGUCACCUCGUUUUACCUCGGUUGAAGAAAUCCAUGACUUUUCUGGGUCCGGACCGGCCGCAGCCAGCGACGCAGGCCGGGUCGCGGUUCUCCCUCCCCGUCCCCGUGUGCUUAGCCCAUGGUGCAUGGUGUAACUCUGGCAAGACCCUGCAGACCCUCCAGGCCCUGCCCUUCCAAAAGGUCUCCUCCCACCAGGCAGUCGGCUUUCCCCAUGGUAAGUGAUGCAGAAUCCAGUCAGGAGGAUCUCCCUUGUAGCAAACCUCAGCUGGGACUUCCCCGUGGUGCAGCCUUGUAGGCAAUCUGCAUGCUUCAUGCUCCUCAUGUCAUGGUUCCACCAUAACAGGGAGGGAAAGGGCAUGGCCGUAAAAUACUGUCAAAGUGUUGAGCCAUUUAAAUGUCACAUUGAUUUUUCAGAUGCCUUUUCUGCUUCUGUCGACUUUAGACUAUGUAUUCUAGAGCCAUAACUUUACCUGCGUCCUCAGAUUGUAGGCGUGAGCUGCUAUGAGCCAGUAGAUGUGUAAAAAUCUACGUAGCUGCCAGGGAGUCACCCAGGCUCCUUGCAAACACUUUUCCAGCUGUAGUACAAACCAACCUUCCUUUGUAUCGAGGAACCUCAAUGAUUGUAUUCUUGAAAUGUUGCCCCAGAAGUGCUGUAUCAUCAGACCGUUGCGUGUGUGUGAAGCUCCUUUGGUUUAGUCAGGGGCUGAGAUGUUGGGUUUCAGCCUCUCACCCAUUUCCUUCUUGCCCCAAACCUCCAUUUCUCCAUACUCAGGCUGCUCCCUUGGCUUCAUGUUUGUUUGCUUGGGUAUUUCUUUAAUCUUUUGGAAGCGAUGGGGGUGUGUACAGCUAGAGCAGCUGCACAGCCCUGGGUUUGGACUAUGCUUUCCUGUAGUAGUGCCCCCAACAGCUGCUUCCAACACCACAGGGAAAGGGUGGUGCUGGAUAAGGCAGAGGGAAGACAAGCAGCAGCCUUGUGGCUCCUUAACUCUCCUCAAGUGAUCAAGCAAGGCAGCAGGGCUUCUCUUUGUGGCCAGGACUGAAAUCCUGUGAGGUUUGCUCUUCCUUUUCACUGCUCCUGGGGUGACACUGGCACCCAGGCCUCAUCCUUUUGUGGAUCUGGAGCCCUGUGGCACCAUAAGGCUCUGGCACUGCCAGAGCACAGGGAUAGGGGCCAGUGGCCUUUGCUUGGAACACAGAGCACUCAGUGAACAUGUGAUGUUAAUUCCAGACUCAGCCCUUGCCACCUUAGUUACCAUCUAAGCAGAGCAGCCAGUCAAUAGGAUUAACUGCCACCCCCUGAGCUAGCUGCUAAUCCUGCACAGAAGCUGGGAAUGCUCCAUUCAUUUUACUCCCUACAUGCCCUAAUUGCUCCUAAAGCCUUGCCUCAUUGCAUUUCCCCAUCCUGAGAGCAGACUGGCAUGCUCCAACCCCCACAGGUACCUCAGAUCCCCUGUAAAACAUGGUUCAAAUAAAGGCUGCAAUGCUACAAACGAUCCCAAUGUGAGGUUAGUAAAUUCCAGCCCAGUGCACUCUGGGCUGCAGAAUGAGGCACUAAAGUAGAGGGAAGGAAGGAAGGAAGGAAGGAAGGAAGGAAGGAAGGAAGGAAGGAAGGAAGGAAGGAAGGAAGGAAGGAAGGAAGGAAGGAAGGAAGGAAGGAAGGAAGGUGAGGUCUUCUCCCUGCCCAGGAGCUCCUGUGAAGCUCCUGUGAAGGUGCACAGGCAGCACUGACAGAGAGCAGAGAAGGAGUGAAACACCAGCCUGAUGCUUCUAGACUUUAUUUCCACCUGGCUGGAGCAAUCACCACAGCAUUCCUGCACUUUUCCCACAGCUUGCCAUGCAGGAUGUGGCUGGAGUAGAUUUUAGCCCAGCAGAAGACUCCACAUAAUGUCUUAAACAUUUGCAGUAGCAGAAGAAUGUUCUCUGCAUCUCUGCUGUCUCUUCAGCUGAUGAGAAACAAGGGAGAAAACCCUCAACUCAUGAAAAAGUGCCUAGUUAUGCUAUAGCAAGGGAACUCAGCCCAACCCUGAGGAAGGGGAGAAGGCUUUAUGGCCUUCACAUCCAUUGUGUAUGUUACACGCUGCCAGAAUCUUUGGGUUUAUUUUGUUUUUAGCAGAGGUAACCUCCCCUUUCAGCCAGAGUUGAACUAAGGGAGUGCUUGCAUCAGUCCACCUGUGCCAGCUGUCGCUGCACAGGAGCACAGCUCCUGGAUUUUUAUGGAAACUUUUGCCUGGGUUGAAGCAAAAGUCAAGCUGCUCUGACCUCUGGUUUAGCUGGCUGCAGUGCCAGCUUGGCACUCCAGAUGUUUGCUGUCUUGAGACCACAGUCAGAGCUGCUUAUCCCAUGAUGUGCCCUCUCCCAGCAGCCAUGAGCCAUCACCCCCAUCAUCUUCUAAACAUUUGAGCUAUUCUGUUCCACACGUGGUGAUUUGUAAUCCAAAGACUGAUGAGAUUCAGUCCUAGUGCACUUUCCUAGUGAGAUCUGAGUGAUGGCACAGUGCUCAGAGCUGAGGCAAAGGGAUACAGGCCACAGAGUGGAGGUUGUUUCCAAACUCAUCCCUGCCCCUGUCUCUGCCCUUCACCCAGAGCAACCAGGAGCCAGGACACAAGCACAGCCUGAAAAGUAGGACUGAGAACUAGGUACCUAUUUUGCACUUUUGAUACUGGGAGGGGGGAAAUUAACUUAUUUGGCAAACUUGUCUUUUUUAUUUUGGGGGAUUUUUGUUUGGUUAGGGGUUUUUUUUGUUUUGUUUUGUUUUAUGUAUUUGUGAACAGGCACUGAUGUCAUUUUGUUUUAAGAUAAUUACAGGUUUGCAACCAAAAUAAACUAUUUUAAUGUGUGAUGAGGUGGCUCUGUGUCUCCGUGUACAAACUAAUCUCACCUCCAUGUCCUCUCAGAAAUUUCAGGAGUGAUAAACCACUCCUUAUCAUAUGGAACUCCUGGUUAUUCCACCAUCAGGAAAUCUAGUAAAAUAUCUCCCUACCCUCAGCAGGAAGCUCAGGUCCCCUUCAUGACCUCCCUUCUUCUACAUUUAUCAUGCUGCAGUGUCCUAAUGAGACAAACCUUUUACCAGUGACAGUUUUUCCAGGAGCCCUGUGAGCUGGGUGAAUCAUUCCAGAGGCAAAAUGGCAUUAGCUUCAUCUGUCCCUUUCCCAGGCUAAUUCCAAAGCUCCAGACCCCAGCUGGGGUGUCUAGCUUCUUCCCUACAGUCUCCCAGUUUAAAAGUACCUUUUCUAGUGGUAAAUGGCAUUUAUUUCCUGCUGCAAAGCCCAUGCUGGCUGCAGAUGGCUGAA